UCAUCCGUUUCAUCUUCCCGUUGGACCACAAUCCAUUGUCAUUUACAUGGCCACGGUCGAUAUAAAUAAUUUAGCAAUCUCUCCAGAUUUUCUCUUUAAGCGUAUCGUUUCAAUCUAAUUCGAUUCAUCUGAGUGUUCUCCAUACAAGCUGAGUCUCCUACCCUCCUACUUCAACAUAAACUAAUGUUUUCUACAAAUUUUUCAAUAUCGAUAAAGCAAUGCCCAACCCAAACCACCGUUCCUCUCGCUCGCCUCCCCGUCUUCGAAUCAACCCACCCUCGCCUCAAUCCUUCUACUCGCUCUCCCCGCUUUUCACGCCGUCAACUUUCACUUCUUCCGCAGCCUCAAUCAAAACACCAAAAGCAACUAGCACGGCUACCACGCCAAUCGUUCCUACAAACAGCAUCACUACAUUAAGCCUAGACACUGUCAUCGCCCACCUGCGCAUAACCCUCCACCCCCUCAUCUCCGCCACAACCGGGCUCCAGCAUCCUUAUUUCCCGAGAACUCUCCUCUCUUAUCAUCUCCUUACAUCCGACCAACUGGAUGAACUAGCAAGACACUAUCACCAAGUCACCCCGCCUGUUCCGGGAACAUUUAGUUACCCGGUGGCUAUUCCUGCUUGGGUGGAUGCUCAUGUCCAUGCCCAUGGAAAUGAAUAUAUGAUGGAUGAGGUCGAUCUAAAAACUAAGAGAAGACGCUUUGGAAGAUUCAUUGGGCUACGCGGCUGUGAAUCUCCCAUCCAGUUCCGGGUCGAGUUAGACAGCGAGAGUGGAAGUGAGAGUGGAUACGAGGACGCGGAAAUGGAAGAGGCGAUGGCGAGAGUUGAGUGGGAGUGGGAGGAAGCGUUGCUGAGAGCUGUGAGGGAGGAUGGGGAUGGGUUUAGAAUUAAGUAGUAGCUGUUCAUGUAAUUCCUGUGUUUUCUGACUUGACUUUUGGUGUGUUAUAUAUCUGGCUUCUUGCAUGUGGGAUUAUUAGAUUGGUUGCACAUAAAUCUCAA